AUGGAUAUUGAAAAUGAAUCUGCUGAUCAGAUUGUGGUUGCAGAAGAUAAAGACUCAGAGAGGCCAAAAUGGGACAAUAAGGUGCAGUAUUUGCUGACUUGUAUCGGAUUUGCUGUGGGUCUCGGAGCCUUUCUUAUCCCUUAUGCCAUCGCUCUGGUGUUUGAAGGGCUCCCUUUGCUGUACUUAGAACUGGCCAUUGGUCAGCGACUCCGAACAGGAAGUGUUGGAGUGUGGAUCUCCAUUUCACCAUAUAUGGGAGGCUUAGUAUAUCGUGGGAAACCUGUACAAUAUUUUUUUUCAAGCCCUAAAUUUCUCAUCUAUGUCAGUGGAGCACUAUCUAUGUGGGGUGAUCGCAUGUGGCACUUUGCAAUCUCAGUGUUUCUGAUUGAGCUGUAUGGCCGAAACCUGCUCCUGACUGCAGUGUUUGGACUGGUGCUGGCUGGAUCAGUGCUUCUACUUGGUGCUCUGAUCGGUGACUGGGUCGACCGCAACCCCAGGAAUAAAGUUGCACAUGCAUCCCUCUUUAUCCAGAACAUCUCUGUGACCAUCUGUAGUAUUGUUCUCAUGUUGGUGUUCUCCUACAAGAAUUGGAUUGAGAAGAUCUGGGAUGGAUGGCUCACUGUGGUUUGUUACACGGUGGUGAUCGUCCUGGCAGAUGUGGCAAAUCUUGCGAGCACCGCACUGACCAUUGCCAUUCAGAGGGACUGGAUUGUUGUAAUCACAGGGUACAACCGCGGCCACUUAGCUGGGAUGAAUGCCACCAUGAGGAGGAUUGAUCAGGUGACCAACAUCCUGGCCCCUCUGGCAGUGGGGCAGGUCAUGACCCUGGCUUCUAAUGUGGUGGGCUGUGGCUUCAUCCUGGGCUGGAACUUGGUGUCUCUCAUUGUGGAAUUUUUCUUCCUAUCAAGAGUGUAUCGAAUCGUGCCAGCACUUUCAGUCAAACCACCGGCUGAGGAGGUAGAUAUGGCUUAUCUGCAGAGCAGAGACAGAAGGUCACAAGAAAAUGGGACUUUACCUCCACUUCCAACAGAGGAGCCUAGUAACACUGGUCUGAAACAUACCAGAGAGUUUUCUUUGGGUUUCCGCAGACUGCAGUGCCUUGUGAGCACCUGUAAGGAUGGCUGGAGGUCCUACUACCGCCAGCCUGUGUUCCUGGCUGGUAUGGGCUUGGCUUUCCUCUACACGACAGUACUGGGCUUUGACUGCAUCACUACAGGCUAUGCCUACACUCAGGGCAUAAGUGGCUCCCUGCUCAGUAUUCUGAUGGGCGUGUCAGCAAUCACCGGGCUCAUGGGAACUGUGCUGUUCACCAGACUGAGGAAGUCCUUUGGACUGGUCAACACAGGGAUCAUCUCCAGCUGCCUGCACCUGGGCUGCUUGUUGCUCUGUGUCAGCUCUGUUUUUGCUCCAGGCAGCCCUAUGGACACAAGCCUUCUGAGGCCAUUCACUGACUCCAACUCCUCUGAGCUAGGAGGAAUGACAAGCCAGAGUCAAAAACACACAUAUCCACUGAGGGGAGGAGCUAACCAGCCGCUGUUACCGGACCGGUCCUCCAUUCACUGGACCAACAACACUGUGCUCUUCGACAAUGUUCCCACCGGCACUGAACCAGAGUCAUACAUCUCCAUUAUUUUGCUCUUUCUAGGCGUCAUUACAGCACGUAUAGGUCUGUGGUCGUUUGACCUGACAGUGACACAGCUGCUGCAGGAGAACAUCUCAGAGUCUGAGCGUGGGGUGGUCAAUGGGGUCCAAAGCUCCAUGAAUUACUUAAUGGAUCUGCUUCACUUCAUCAUGGUCAUCUCUGCUCCACAGCCGCAGCACUUUGGAUACCUAGUCAUCAUUUCUGUGUUAUUCAUUGCCACGGGACAUACUAUGUACUUCAUGUACGCUCACAAAACCAAGAGAAAACACAGAUUAGACACAUAA